AUGUCUGUUCCUCCCCAUCUUGCGGGGCUCAAGCUCUCCGAUGCCUCGCCUCAGGCAUCAUCACAUACCCUCGAAUUGUAUCUGGAUUAUGUCUGCCCAUUUUCGGCCAAGAUGUACAAUACAUUUUACACCUUGAAACCUAUGAUCGCGCAAACGUAUGGGCCGCGUCUUCAGGUCAUCUUUCGGCAGCAUAUCCAACCAUGGCACCCAUCCUCCACUCUGACCCACGAGGCUGGAGCGGCGGUUCUACGAAUCGCUCCCGAGAAGUUCUGGGAGUUCAGUGCCGCCUUAUUCAAACGCCAAACGGAGUUCUUUGACGUCAGCGUGGUCAACGAGACACGCAACAAAACAUACGAGCGACUUGCGGGCGUGGCAGCGAGUGCGGGAGUAGAUGGGCAGAAGUUACUUGAAUUGCUAACCAUUAGCGAAACAUCCGAAGAUGGACAACUAAACACUGGGAACCAAGUGACCAACGACAUCAAAUGGAUGGUCAAGACGGACCGAGUGGUGGGGGUCCACGUUUCUCCCACUGUCUUCUUCAAUGGAGCUGAAGAGCGCAGCAUCAGCAGUAGCUUCACCGCUGCCCAGUGGGGAGAGUGGCUCGCCAAAAACGUGAUCUGA